AUGGUCCACCGGGGACGUGGAGCAAAUAAAUUCCGAGGCGGCGGCGAUGCCAGCGGCCGCGGAGGCGGCGGUGGUGGCAGAGGUAACAGAGGUGGUAGAGGUCGUGGCGGCGGUCGUGGAGGCUUCUUUCGAAUGGCUGGAGACGAAAAGCACAGCUUCUCACUAGCAGACGAGGCCAAAAACACAGAACGGCACCAUGGAAACUAUGCCGGGGGCUCACUACGCCAUGUCAAGAUCUCCUUCGUCGCUGCUGGGCACCUCGAGCCCGCGGAUCUGCUAAAGCCCCUAAAUGCCAAUAUCCCACCCGUCGAAGAAGGGCAGAACCUUAUGCAACCCAGGGCUCAACGAACGACGUCUGACUCAACAGAGGCAGAGGACGAGGACUUCGAUAUGCAGAAUGGCGAGAGCGACUCACCUGCUGAACCCACCGCCACCGGAGACUUGCAAGAGGACCUGGAUAUGGAGAAGCUCGACCUGGACCCCCCAUCAGAGAAACCGUUUGUCGUAGACGUCGUUGGAGACCCUUCACUCAAGCCAAAGGGAAAGAGCAUAUUCACAAUGCCAAUCUACUCCCCGGCCCGCGAAAUAUCACCCGAGAGACCGGGCUCCUCAUCCUCCUCUAGUAGCGAGCGUAUUGUGUUCAUUCCACGUAAAAUGCGGCCUGGCCUCUCACGCACUGGCACCAACCUAUCAAUAUCACAAGAACCCGCCUCUUCAGCAUCAAAGCAGAAGAAGACCCCCACACCCCUGAAGCGGGAGCCAACGCCACCUCCAAAAGAACCUACGCCACCGGCAGUAGAGGUGAAAGUCAUUGAAACUGUCGUAUCCCAUACCACCAUCACAACCGUUAACGACAAACUCCCCGUCGCCCCCACUAUUGACUCCAAACCGUUCACCCGUUCCACAAAAGGCAACAAACGUCGUAGCGCCCGUCAACGCAAGAAGGAUGAGGAAGAGGAAAUAAUCCGCGACUACAUCGAGAACGUUGCUGCAACCAUGCGUGCCGAGGACGCCGAGGACGCCGAGGAACGCGGCGAAGCUGCUCCUGCUGUUAGCGUGCGAGAGCUCGGCGGUGAUGACGACCCCGAGGAUGCCUGGUCUUCCGCUACAGAUUCAGAAGAAGAGGCGGAGGACUCCGAUGCCGUCAAUGCCUACAAGUCCAUUUGGUCAGAACAUGAGCUCGAGGACUUUGACGCACUCAGCACUGCCAGCGAGGGUCCACGCGGGCCCGUCAAAAUCGUGAUCGGGAAACGUAAACGGCCUAGUGGCGUGCAAUAUCUCAUCAAGUGGGAAGGGUACGAGACCGACGACGCAACCUGGGUACUCGCCGAGACGCUGGACUCUGCCGCUGACGCAAAAAUCGCCGUUUAUGAGAAGAUCCUCAUGCAGAAAGCUACUGACGCUGCGAAUGCCGCUGCAAGCUCAGAGGAUAGCGACGAUGGCAGUGAUGACUAUGACGAGGAUGACGAUGAAGACCUGGAUGAAGACGAGAAGCUAGCACGGUUCCUGCAGCAUCAGGAGGAGAUGGGGAUCACUGAGUCUGACCUAGAAUUGAACCUUGAGUUGGAUGAGCUUAUGGAGCUCUCCUUCCCUGGUGGCGGCGGCGGUGGCAGCAGCAAAAAAAAGGCAAAGGGCAAGGGCAAGUCCCGUUACGCCGACAUUGUUCUUGACCGACGCACAGGCAGGUUUCCCAGCGCGACUCGAUUCGCCGAAGCCUAUGACGACUUUGACCCGAUGGACUGGGAGCGUCCAAGCUUGUCGACAAAGAAGGGCAAGGGCAAGAAGGGCAAAGGGAAGCAGAUUGAGGUUCUGGGAAUCAGCGAUUCGGAGAUUGAGGAAAAUAUCCGCAAUACAUGGCAGAAGGACCGUGAGAAGAAAAAGGCGCGGAAGCAGGAGCGUGAAGCAUUGAGAGCCGAAGGACUCCUAGGACGCAAUCGUACUGUACGCGACCCGAAGGCGAAGUGGAAAGAGGGCAUGAGUUCGGGUGAUCUUAGGGACGAGAUCACACAAUUCUUGCUUAGUGAACUGUCAAGCAUCGCCCUUCCCCCCAUGUCAAAGCCGGACCGCAAGAUUGCCCACACAAUUGCCGCCGCCUUCGGGCUCAAGUCCAAAUCAGCCGGCAAAGCCAGAGCCCGCUACACAACCCUCUAUAAAACAUCCACCUCUGGUCGCUUCGCCCAAGACGAAGACGCCAUUAACGAUUUGAUGGCCAAAAAGAGGUUCUUUGGCCGUCCCGACGUCCACACCGGCCGCGGCGGCCGUGGUGGUGGUGGUGGUCGUGGCUGUGGUGGUGCAGGUGGCGUUGUACACCAUCGUGAAGGUGACAUUGUCGGUGGCUCGGCCCCAGAGAUUGCAGAAGACAACAAGGGCCGCAGGAUGCUCGAGAAGAUGGGGUACAGGACCGGAAUGGCCCUGGGUAUCGAUGGAAAUAAGGGGAUUGUUGUUCCUGUCGCUGCGAUUGUUAAGAUCUCGAAGGCGGGGCUGGGCUAA